ACCAGAUAACUCCAACCCUCUCUCUCUCUCUCUCUCUCGCUGUGGUGCACACACAAUAAAAUCAAAAGCAAUCCGUCCUCUUCUCUCUCCCUCUGCUACUUUUAAUUGAGUUGGAGGGAGCAACGCCACUCUCUGUACGUCUCCUUUUUGCUCGUCGUUCCUUUCGCUUCCGGCUAUGAUAAAGACGAAGUGGUCCAAGGGAUUCCAUCUGGGUCGCAAGCUUGUGAGGCUAUGGAGGUGCUUGAAGAGGAGCCGCCCUUUUAGCUACUACCAUCGCCUCCAUCCCCCGCAAGAAGACGAUGAAGAAAUCCAUCAACGUCUAUGGACGGGGGGCAGCGGCCAUGGGAGGGUCAGGAGAAGAGUGCUUCUGCACAGGAAGGGGAAGGGAGGGGAGGUGGGGGGAGGGAGAGGGAGAGGGGACGUCCCCAAGGGUCACCUGGCGGUGUACGUUGGGGUUAAGGACCCGGAGCACCGCUUCUUGGUGCCCAUCAUUUACAUCAACCACCCCUUCUUCAGGAGGCUGCUGAAGGUGACGGAGGAGGAGUAUGGGUUCGACCAGAAGGGAGGGAUUACCAUCCCCUGCGGUGUUUCCGACUUCGAGAGCGUCAAGAGGAGCAUAGCCGAAGAAGAUGGCCGUCAUCAUCGAGCCAGGAAGGAGACGGUCAUCCAUCGUCUGUUCCAUAUUCAUCCCUUCUGAUGAUUUUUCUCUUGUAUUCUCUCUCUCUCUCUCUCUACCCUUCUUGUACAGUAGAGAAACAGGAAAUCGAAGAGCGGUUUUUUCUACUUUCA